AUCACAUCAGGCUAUUUUGUUUCUUUCUUGAAUCUUCCUCCGAUUCUUGCUCUCCAUGUAUUCAGGCUAAAAAUCAUUUUAUUCAUUUAUAUUUCCCACGCUCAUCUCGUCUUCCUUUAGGACGUCGCAACACCUCUUUUUGCACCUUUACUGCUCUUUUCAAUGCAUCGUGCUGUUAUUUUUGAACCGCGGCCCCUGUUUGGCCUCACCCAAUUCUGAAACUAUUCUGCAGCGACUUUCAAGAACGCGAAUGCCCGCAUUCUCAGGCACUCAAGGAGGUCGAAGGGCUCCAGGAACACUGCGUUUCUCGAAUUACCCUUGUGUAGCUGUUAUAAAAAUCCGCAAGUCGCACUCGCAUAAUUAGUUCGCUCUUCCUCUCCCACCCUCACUCACACCUUUGCCGCUCCAAAAUAUCACAAUUUCCUCUGGCUGCCUUACCGAAUAAUCGACAGACCCAGCAUCUACUAGCCCUACUUUGGAUCGUUGUGCAAGAAGGACUAGUUACUUUGGGGUUUGGAUACUUUUAGUCCUACAGCUCCUAUGUCGUUCAAUAUCACCUUUCAAGGCCAUUCUAAUUACCACGGCUCGGACAAUUCCUCGUACACCGACGAAGAGGCUUCAUCAGAGGCUGAAGUGUCCCACCCCUCUGAUCCAGAGGAUGCAUAUGGGGGAGAAGACUGGAAUCUGCCGUACCCAGACGAAUUGAAGCCCUCGGAUUCAGCUUCGCGACCGAGGAUAUCACAUCGGAGCCGCAACCAGAUCCAUGGAUCGCGUUCCGUCUCGGGCCGCCGCCAAUCUUCAAGGCGUGGUAUAGCACGCGAGCGGAGCACAUUUUCUCAUCGUUCACGUCAUCAUUCACCAGAAUCCCCCGAAAGCGUGGGUUCUUCAGAUGAUUAUGGUGGACCGUUUGUUCCUGGGGCUCACGAAAGAGGACCGUGGCCACCAGUGGUACCAGGGCCAACCUCGCCGUACAAUGUCUACCAGCCUGGUAAUGUACCGCCUGCACCCUUUGCGCAUCUAAACGGCCCUCUUCCAUCUGAUCAGCUCGUCAGUUUGGCCCAUCCAAACCAGACAGGCCAGGCACCAUAUGGGCAUUUCCCUUACACGUAUGGCUCUCAAUUUCAUCAUCCCAAUGGCUCUUCAAUGCCUCCAGUCUUCGUUCAUGACCAUAAUCCAGGACAGCGAGGAAAUCUGGGACGCCAUAUAAACAGCCAAGCAGCCUCGCUCCACAUUCGAAACGAGGGGCAUAACCCCCUCCAACAACGCUUACCACAUAAUGCACCUCCUACUGGAUCUCCAUACGGUUUACCACCGUUCGGUGCCCGUGAAUUGGUACCUUAUGGUCCAGGAAAUCACUAUAACCUCAGAGAUCCAUAUCCAGCGGUUCCGGGUAUGGUCCCCACAUAUUUCGGCAAUUACUCUCCACCUUCACCCAAAGCAGAGCACACACCACCACCACAACCUCCUCCUCCACCGGCAGCAGCAGAAACGCCAAAGGAUGAAGCAAUUGAGAGGCUGGAGAAAUUAAUCCUAGAGGAGCGGAUGGCACGGGAAGCCCGCCAAGCUGCCAUCGAAAAGGCAGCUGCUGAGAAGGCUGCCAAGGAAGAACGUGCCGCGCAUGAGAAACAGAUUGCUGACGUCGCUGCCGCUCUCGCGAGAGCAGAUGCAGAAAAGAAGGCCGCGGAAGAGGCUGCCAAGUUAAAAAAGGAAGCAGAAGCAGCUGCAGCUGCGGCUGCAGACAAGGCAAAGAAAGAAGCAGAGGAAGCGGCGUUGGCAGAGGCAGAGAAAAAAGCCGCCGAAGCGGCCGCCCAAACCAAAAAGGAAGUAGAAGAAGCGGCCGCCAAAGCCAAAAAAGAAGCGGAGGAAGCAGCAGCGGCCAAGGCUAGCGCUCCGAAAAAGAAGAAGCCUAUCAAAUUCAAGGAUGCCAUUGGAAGGAAAUUUAGUUUCCCUUUCGAUUUAUGCUGUACCUGGAAGGGCAUGGAAGAGCUUAUACGACAAGCUUUCCUUCAUAUAGAAGCAAUUGGGCCACAUGUCGCCGAAGGUCGUUAUGAUUUGGUGGGCCCUAACGGCGAUAUCAUACUUCCCCAGGUCUGGGAGACCGUCAUCGAGCCAGAUUGGACCAUAACAAUGCAUAUGUGGCCUAUACCAGAGAAGCCAAAGCCAUCCGAGCCAGAUCCUCCCCCUGCCGAUGCAUCUAAACCACAGUCAGGUGCAGGUUCUGGUGCAGCCGGUGGCGGGGCGAAGAAGAAACCAGAGCAAACAGGCAUGAAAAAGCAACGUCCAAAGGCCCCAGAUCCUGGGGCAUUUGCUAUGUGGAUGGUCGGUAGGGACCGGUUUGGGACAAAUAAGUCUUCACAGAAAAAGAAGGCCACCAAAUAGAUUCCCGGUAUGAGCAGCCCCGAGAAUUGCAUGCUAUUAUGGCGAAGUGAACCAAGCAAUCCAUGAAGAUUGUCUUAUCUCAGUGAUUGGACGCCUGGUAAAUACUAUAUUUAAUUGGCCAAGGGGUUUACCACCAAACUACCUACCUAGCUAGGUAGUAGGUAGGUUUGUCCUAAUUAUAAAAUGCUCCCAAUGGAAUUGAAUGAACCAUGACAGUGAGUCGAAGGCUCUGACUAAGAAACU